UUCCAACUUGGGCCCGGCAGAAUGGCUCCCGCAAAGAAGGGUAGCGAGAAGAAGAAGGGCCGUUCUGCCAUCAGCAUCAACAUUCACAAGCGCAUCCAUGGCGUGGGCUUCAAGAAGCGUGCUCCUCGGGCACUCAAAGAAAUCCGGAAAUUUGCCAUGAAGGAGAUGGGGACUCCAAAUGUCCGCAUUGAUACCAGGCUCGAUAAAGCCGUCUGGGCCAAAGGAAUAAGGAAUGUUCCAUACUGUGUCUGUGUACGUUUGCCCAGAAAAUGUAAUAAGGAUGAGGACUCACCAGACAAGUUUUACACAUUGGUAACCUACGUGCCUGUUACCACAUUCAAAAAUCUACAGUCAAUGUGGGUGAGAGCUGACCUGCUGAAUGUCAAAUAAAGUUGGAGAACUGCCUUCAAAAAACAUCAAACAACAACAGUGUGAUGCACGGUGUUAGAAUAGCUCUGUAUAUACUGGGAGCAGUAGAUUGCACUUUGUUUGCUAUUUGACUGGCCAUAAAGACCCAUAAAGUUAGUAUCUUCACUCUGUCUCUUCCCCACCCCCUUUCUCACUUUCUUCUCCUUGCUUCCCUGCUCAAAUAUACCUAUUGGCUAAUGAAAUUUUUUAAUCCCAUGGAGUUUCUAGCCUCCAUC